AUGUUCACCACAUUAGGCCUAUUUGCGGAGGUACCCUGCCCCGAGGGUCAAGGCUGCUCUCUAUUGGCGUGCAUGUUCGCUCAUCAGAGCCUCGGCGCGUCUGAGACAAAGAAACUUGUGUCUCGACCCGUCAACCCUCGUCCAUCGAAUGUGGACAACUUACAUGUUGCAAAAAGGCCAAGGAUGGGCGCUGUCGCAUCAUCUUUGAGUAAUGCUUCGACAUCGUCUGAAGUUUCAAUUACCCCUGUGGUGACACCGAGAUCCUCCACAUCAACUCCAGGCCCACCUCAUCAAUCUCAAGAUGCCAAACAAAACAAUCCGAUUCUACGGUCAGCCUCUCGAGAGAUUUCCCCGCCUCCAUCUAAAAGACUUGGAGAAAAAUCAAAAAUGGAAUCUACUGUGGGCAGCACUGCGGCUACUUCACCUGGCCCGUUGUCACGUCUUCCUCCUCGAAAGGCACCAAAAGAAAGUCUCAACCCUCGCAUGUUGACCAAGCCUCCGGCUACUCAUACUGUCCGAACUGCGAUUUUGAAAAAGCUCCAUUCUUCAAUGGUUGCGCAGAGUCAGAAACUGGCCAAGGACAAGGACAGCUCAAAUAAAUCUUUUAUCCUAACUCCUGACGAAUUGAUAACGAUGGCGCUGGACGAGGAGGAGAAGCUCGCAAAAGACAGCGGCGACCUCUACUCAAAUGUCAUAAAGCUUCGUAUUGUGAAAUUGGCAAAGUUGAGCACUGCAGAAUGGACCGAAGAAGUUAUAAAUCACCUCAAUGACCGGUAUUAUAAAAUCAACCCAAUUCAACCAGCGAGCGCUACUUCUGAGACUCCCAACCCCCUUCAUACUGGCCUCACCAGCAAGGAAGAGGUGGCUCUUGCGGCAUCAUUACUAACACCCUUGGACGGCCUCGAAGAAUUCGGCUAUGUUACAAAGCUUCCCACAGAAGCAGAGAUAGAAAUAGCCAAAAAAGGCGUUGUGGAAUCGAAGGGUUGGGAGAAGUGCGACCGUUGUGGAAGCCGUUUCCAGGUUUUCCCUGGUCGUCGUGAGGAUGGUGCAUUAACAACCACUGGACAAUGUACCCACCAUCCAAGCCGGCCCUUCUAUCCACCCCGAAAGAAGACUGAGAGACACACCGGCUCGUCGGAGGCAUACUUCCCCUGCUGUGGCGAAAGCUUGGGUGCCUCACCCGGUUGCAUGAAGGGUGAUACCCAUGUUUUCAAAGUCUCUGAGGCCAAACGACUCGCAUCGAUUCUCCAGUUCAAAGAAACUCCACUUCAAACCGACCAAGGUCCUUUGCAGCCGGUAUGUUUCGAUUGCGAGAUGGGCUACACGACGUUAGGCCUGGAGCUUAUCCGUGUUUCUGCUGUCAGCUGGCCAGAGGGACGUGAGCUUCUUGACGUUCUUGUCAAGCCUAUGGGUGAAGUCCUGGACCUCAAUUCGCGGUAUUCCGGUGUGUUCCCUGAACACUACGCCUCCGCCACGCCUUAUAGGACCUCGAGCUCUUCUACUGAACUCCCUUCUCAAGCUAAAAGUAAGGAUCAAAAACCUAUGCAAGUUGUGGAUUCGCCCGCUGUAGCGCGGGACUUGAUUUUCCGAUUUCUUCAACCCGAUACACCCUUAAUUGGCCACGCAAUUGACAAUGACCUCAAUGUCUGCCGAAUAAUCCACCCCACUGUUAUAGAUACAGUUAUUCUAUAUCCCCAUCCAAAGGGCGGUCUUCCCAAUCGCAUGAGUCUCAAGACCCUAUCUCGGAGAUUUCUCGACCGUGACAUUCAAACAGGAGGAACAAAAGGACACGACUCAAAGGAAGACUCCAUUGCCACUGGGGAUUUAGUGCGGGUUAAAGCGGGCGAUCUUUGGAAACGUUUGAAAUCCAAGGGCUGGCGUCUCGAGGAUGACAAGUUGAUCCCCCUCCUGGUCAAGAGCCAACGGAUGCGCACAAGAUGGCACUCGGUCUGGGCCCUGGCGUUGGACAUAAAAGAAAAAACUCAGAUUAACUCUGAUGUAUCCGGUCGAGGCAGAUCUGCACAAAUUCUGGGUGUCGCGACCUGGCUCUAA